GUCGAUCAUGUACAAUGAAUGGAAGGAUGUCUUCCAAGCACAACUUCGUUGUUGCGCUUGUUAUCCAAUGUUAAUCUGGGUUUCGCAAAUUUGACGUUCACCAGGGAAGUGCCAGGCACAAUGCCUAUCUGCUGUUUUGCCGGUCAUGACCUAUGAAACUCUGCAUUCCAUCAUGCGAGCUCGUGUCAUAACACCGUCUGCUAUCGUUGUGUCUCUGUUACGGUGUUACAACGAUGGCGGAGACUACAGGCUCACAAGGACUCAUGGUACACUCCCUAACAUAGACUGGUAUCAUGAACGUACACGCGCAUCCACUGCCACUCGUGUUACUUCGCAGCUAAGACGGGAAACAACAGAUGGUGAUGCAUCCGUAUAUGAGCCGCAAAGACUCAUUGCAGCGCUAGAUGCUGGGAUGGCGCCGCCUCACUCACGCACACUGACUAAGCGCAAUCUGAAUCUGGAUGAGCCAGUCAUUGCUGCCAUUGCCGCCGUUGUCUUUGCACUCAACAUUGUGCUACUUCUGACGUGGUGUGUGCUGAGGAGGCCGCAGACCAAGCGGCCUCGACGCAAGCUCUCCGCGCUGCGCACUCCAUGGCCAUUAGAAGUUAGCAAAUACGACAAGGAUCGUAUCUGUGCCAUCAAUGCUCAGCCCCUGUUUCCAAUCUCUCUUCAAUCCGGCCUCCGGCUCGCAUCUAUCGAUCUUCGUCGCACUCCAAGACGCAAGAUCUUCGCGGGAGCAGAGAAUCAGACCACCGAGCCGCUUACAGCUUUCGAUCCAAGAUCUUUGGAGACCGAGCCAGCGAGCAUUUAUUCCGCUGCAUCUGCCCCUCACAACUAUCAUGACUAUUACUUCUACCGUCAAUCGUUCAGAUUGGAGAGCACUGCUCCGUCAAGUGACCGCCGUGUGCCUAUCACUUUCCCGUCAUAUCCCCUUAGCCUUACACCGACGAUGCCGUCUCUCCGUCCUUCGUCCUUGGCCGCCUCCCAAGACCACCCGUCUACCGGCAAUCUGACACUUCUGUUGUCGCACGUUGAAGGAGCUCGUCACCUAUCGUCAAUAUCGUUGUCAGGCCAGUCACUUUCCGACCCUGCCCAGGCGGGUUCUCAGCCUCCCUCUUUUCCAACUUCAUCGCCUCUGACCAAUACGCUAAACAUGCCGAAUUUGCCUAUGUGUCAGUUUUCAUUCCAAGUCACAGCACCACUUAACAUUCGUCCUCGGGGGGAAAAGAAUCGACCGCACUUCGCGUCCGGGCCCUUCGUACCUUCCCACACUGUCGCCGCUGAACAGCCUCGGCGCCCUCAUGAUCGACUAAUACGACCCCCGUCUCAUGUUGUGUGGAAGACAAGCCAAAAGAUCGAGUCUGACAUCUGAUGGGAUGAUGUGGGACAAUCUAAAGAUUGGCGUUGGUAGUAACUGUAUGAUCGUCAUUGAUGUCGAACCUAUGAACCUAUGACAAAAGAUAUCGUUCUCUUCGUUGGCUUAUGUGUGCACCUCGCAUGAUAAACAUUUUCUGUCUCUUGCAACUCGGCGGAAGUCGACUAUGGUUCACUGUUUGAAUUAUCGUGAUCUACAAGCUAAUCAAUGGAUACCGGACGC